UUUAAACCAUGGUUUAUAAGAUAUUUCUAGCAUUUUUCUUAUGUUGGAUCUUUUUAAUAAGGGUGAAAUCUGAAGAAAAACCAAAAGACUUUGAAAAUAAAGAUUAUUAUCAUUUUCAUUUUUCAAAAGAUGUAGAUCUUGAUGCUUUUUCACAAGAAUUAGGAUUUGAGUAUGAAGAGGCAUUAGAACAUCUGGAUGGACACUAUCUUUUUUCUAUUGAUAAGGGUGUUUCAGAUGAUAAAAUCGAGGAGAAGAUAAAAGACUAUUUUGGUCUUGAAGGAAAUAUAAUAGAUGGGUUUAAUAGUGAUAAGCUUUUUUAUUAUGAGAAGCAAAAGUUAUUAAGGAGAGAAAAGAGGAAUGUGAUAAGAGAUCCGAUGUAUCUUGAUACUAGCCAAAAUUCCGGCGAUACUGGGAAUGUCAAUAGCGGAGAAAAAGAUCAGCAGAUAAAAUUAUUAGAGGAGAAAUUUGAAGAAAUUAAGAAAAAGUUAAAUAUAAGUGAUAAAUAUUUUGGUAAACAAUGGUAUUUGUUUAAUAAAAAAAAUCCUGGAGUAGAUAUAAAUGUUACAGGUUUAUGGCUAGAGGGAAUAACAGGAAAAGGUGUAACAGUUGGGGUUACGGAUGAUGGACUAUAUUACAAAAACGAGGAUUUAAUUCAAAAUUAUUGCGCUGAAGGUUCAUAUGAUUUUAAUACUCAAACUAGUGAUCCAUCACCUAAACGCAGUGAUGAUACUCAUGGUACUAGAUGUGCAGGAGAGAUAGUGGCUGCUAAGAAUACAUUUUGCGGGGUUGGUGUUGCAUAUGAUGCUAAAGUUUCAGGAAUACGAUUUUUAGCUUCUGUUCUUUCAUCUUGGCUUGAGGGAAAGGCUCUUAGUUAUAGAUACGAUAUUAAUGAUAUUUAUUCUUGUAGCUGGGGACCUCGUGAUGAUGGAAAAACAAUUGAAGGAGUUCCUUAUAGUGCAUAUAAUUCAAUUAUUAAUGGGAUAAAUCUUGGAAGGAAAGGUCUUGGUUCUAUAUAUGUUUUUGGAAGUGGAAAUGGAGGCUAUUAUGAUAAUUGCAAUUACGAUGGAUAUGUAGUUAGUCCAUAUACUAUUACUAUCGGUUCUAUAGAUGUGAGAGGAAUAAGACAUUAUUUUUCAGAGCAAUGUUCUUCCGUUCUUGCUUCUACAUAUUCGGGUUCUAUUGUAACCAAUGCACGCAUUUAUACUACGGAUGUUGGUGAGAAAGGAUGCAGCACUGUACAUUCUGGAUCUUCUGCUUCCACACCUAUUGCAGCAGGCGUUAUAGCUCUUGUUCUUUCAGUACGUCCUAAUCUUACAUGGCAUGAUAUUCAAGGUUUGAUUGUUGAAUCAGCUGUUCCAUUUAGUCUGGAUUAUCCGGGCUGGGAAAAAUUGCCUUCUGGACGUUAUUAUCAUUAUUAUUUUGGUUAUGGGAAACUAGAUGCAUAUAGAAUGGUCGAAGCAGCAAGAAAUUUUAAACAUUUAAAUCCUCAGGCAAGGUUUUCAGUACCAAUGAUAAUUGUUAAUAAGAAAUUUUCUGAAAACAAUGGACAUAUCACAGACAAAUUUAAUCUUAUUAAAGCGUAUCCUGACUAUUAUAACUUUGGAAAAUUGGAACGUGUUAGUGUUACAUUAUAUUUUCAACACGCAAAAAGGGGUAGUCUGGAGAUUAAUAUUACCAGUCCUAGUGGAGUUACUUCAAUGUUAACACAUAGGCGUCUUCAUGAUAAAAAUUAUGGUUAUGUUCAUUGGACUUUUUCAACUGUAAAACAUUGGGGAGAACCCAUUGUAGGUGAAUGGACUAUUGAUAUUGAAGAUCAAAAAAUUCCAAAUUUAGAUGGCGAAUUUUAUAAUUGGCAACUUCAUUUUUUUGGAGAGUCUGCUGAUCUAACAAAAACACAGUCUAUUGUAUAUCCUUUUAUUACUAGAUCUCCAAGUCCUAUACCAGGAGAGCCUACUGUAUAUUUACCAACUCCUUCAGCAACCAUAUCACCAUCUGUAUCACCUCAACCAACAUCUGAGUCAACAUCUGAACCAACACCUCAACCAACACCUCAACCAACACCUCAGCCAACAUCUGAGCCAACAUCUGAGCCAACAUCUGAGCCAACAUCUAAACCAACACCUCAACCAACACCUCAGCCAACAUCUGAGCCAACAUCUGAGCCAACAUCUGAGCCAACAUCUGAACCAACACCUCAACCAGCACCACCUCAACCAGCACCACCUCAACCAGCACCUCAACCAGCACCUCAACCAGCACCUCAACCAGCACCACCUCAACCAGCACCACCUCAACCAGUACCACCUCAACCAGUACCACCUCAACCAAUGCCAUCUAGACCAGCACCACCUAAACCAACACCUCAACCAACAUCUGAGCCAGCACCUCAACCAACAUCUGAGUCAACAUCUGAACCAACACCUCGACCACCACCUCAGCCAACAUCUGAGCCAACAUCUGAACCAACAUCUGAACCAACAUCUGAACCAUCACCUCAACCAACACCUCAACCAGUACCUCAACCAGCACCUCAACCAGCACCACCUAAACCGGCACCUAAACCAACACCACCUAAACCGGCACCUAAACCAACACCACCUAAACCAGCGCCUAAACCAGCACCAUCUAAAUCAUCAUCUAAACCAACAUCUACAUCUUCAUCUUUCAUAUCUUCAUCAACUAAAACUAAAACAACCACUCAAAAAGCUUCACCUACAAGCGCCUCAGGACGGUCAUCCUCUACUCAGAGUGCUUCUCAUACUUCAUUCUUUAAAAGAAAUCUAUUGCUUAUUUCUAUUUUGAUUGCUUCUAUUAUUCUUUUAAUCUUUGGAUUUCUUUUUCUAUUUAUAAGAUUCUUUAAAAAACGGGAUUCUUAUACAAAUGGGCAUCCUGUAACCGAGACGCUUAAUUAUGAGUCUGAUCCAAAUAUGUCUCAAGAAACUGAGAAGGCAACUAUGUUAAAAAGAAAUCAACAAGUUACUUCAUCUGAUCUAAGUGAUACUGAGGAUCCUAAUAUGUAUGAACGACGUAUUCUUCGUAGUUAAAUAGAUAAUUUUA